GAGCCGAGCGGCCUCCGGUGACAUUUUCUGUGGCGCUCGGUGCGGGGACGGGAGCGGCGGCGGCGGCGGCUGCGCGGACCUGGCCCGGCCCCCUCAUGCCCCAGCUGCUCCCCGCCAGGCGCGGGGCGGCCCCGGUUGCUUCGCUGUUGAAACCCUAAUCUAGUUCCCCCAGUCCUCUAGACCACGUGCUCCAUGAUUUGAGACCAGGAGGAGCUUGGAACUCUGAAAUGAAGAUGGAGGCAGUGGGAAAAGCAGAAGAACUCAUUGACACUGAAGUCCCACCGAAAAUCUCUGCAAAACAAGAGGCAGCUCCUGACGAAGAUGGACCUAUAGAAUUAGAGACACAUGCUCAGAAAGAUGGUGCACCCAUUGUAGCAGAUUCGACAGUGCUGUCUUCAAUGCCUUGCUUGCUGACGGAACUGAGACGAGAUUCCUCAGAGUCUCAGCUAGCAUCCACAGAGAGUGAUAAGCCAACAGCAGGCAGAGUUUAUGAAAGUGACUCUUCUAAUCAUUGCAUGCUUUCCCCUUCUUCUAGUGGGCAUUUGGCUGAUUCAGAUACACUAUCUUCUACAGAAGAGAACGAGCCCUGUCCAGCAGAAGCUACUGUAGAAGGAGACACUUCUGGAGUGUCUGGGGCUGCAGUUGGGCGGAAAUCCAGACGAUCCAGGUCUGAAAGUGAAACGUCAACAAUGGCUGCCAAGAAAAACCGACAGUCUAGUGAUAAACAGAAUGGUCGAGUCGCUAAGGUGAAAGGUCAUCGGAGCCAAAAGCACAAAGAGAGAAUCCGGUUAUUAAGACAGAAACGGGAAGCAGCUGCUCGCAAGAAGUACAACCUGCUGCAGGACAGCAGUACCAGUGAUAGCGACCUGACCUGUGACUCGAGCACGAGUUCAUCAGAUGAUGAUGAAGAGGUUUCAGGGAGCAGCAAGACAAUCACUGCAGAGAUACCAGCUGGCUUCAGUCGUGCUGGGGGAUCUGGAGGAGCGACCAGGGAAAUUCCAGGAUUGCUUGACAGGGGCACCGUGUGGGAUAGGAACUGCAUAGGCAAUGUCCUGGAAGAGGCCAUGAACUGCUUUGCCGAGAUGCAGAGGCAGACAGAGGAGAAAUUUCGCAUGUGGAUAGAAAAGCUAACCCGUCUUGACACGGACGAAGAAAGCAAGCAGCAACUGGAGCCCAGGGAACCUAAAAUGCACCUAGUUGGCCAAAGAAUUCCCCCUACCACGCAGUCAGGGGCAUUCAUGCAGAUGCCUGAUAGCCAAGUACUUCCUCAGCAGUCUUUUAAUUCUUAUGCGGGCUAUCAAAAUGUUGACACUACUUUAGAGUUUCCAGUGACUUUUAAUAACAAUUUUCCACCUAUCUUUCCAGAAAAUGGAAAUAUUGCAGAGCAUGAUUUGAAUCAAUCAUAAACUUAAGGAAAGGCUUUAAAAUGUUGAUGUUAAUGUGGAUUGUGCUGAGAACAAUUUUUUUUCUUUUCUGUCCAUGCACGUUUCUUUUUCCUUGAUGGGUUUCUAACACCAUAACGCAAUCGCUUUAUUUACAGAAGAGUUUUAUGUACACCCCCCCCCCCCCAGCUCUCUUCACGAAAGCUUGGCGAGAUGCAACUCUGAAUCCUUGUUACAUACCUUUGAAAUGAUAGAGCUGUGUUUUAUUACUAUAAGAGCAAUUGGACUAUUGCAUCUAUAUGCUCCUCUUGCAUGACAAAAAAAAUGAUGUAGGGAAAUAAACAAUUUUUAAAUGUGAUGGUUUCAAGAAAUCUAGACCCCUAAUUAGAUAUUGAAUAAUCAGUACUUUGUUAAAUAUCUGUUCAAGUUUGACAGCUUAAACAUGUCUACAUAUUGAUUGUCCUUCUUUGCUUUUUGAAAGAAGUCAUAAAUGAGUCUACCCUCAAAAUUAGCUAUGCAUAAUGAAUGUGCCGAAUAGUUGAUAACCCUGUCCCAUUUGACCAUUAGUUUUCUGUCUAGAGCUUUUAAUAAUGUUGUUGCUGUGUUGCAAAUGACAUUCAUACUUAAGGGAAGCACUGGAUUUGUUACUUUUGCUUAUAUGCCUGCAUUUAUACACGUGAUUUAGGUGCUUUAUUGUGUGUGUAUAGAUAUACAUAUAUGAACAAACUGUCUUUUAUGCUGAAAUAAAAAUAGCAGUGCCAGUUCUGAGAGGCAACAAUCAUUAGUUGGCCCAAGAAUCUGAGUCUUGGCACAAGAACUUUAAAAGUAAAUGCCUGAUGUUGAGAUUGGUAAACACUUAAUGCCCUGUUUGCCAGUCUGAGUAAACAAGUAGGAACAUUUUUGAGCCACCGUUUUGAAUGCCAUUGAAAUUAUUAUUUACUUGUUGAGAAAGCCAUAGCAUUAGUUUGGUUAAAGAAUAUAAAAACUUGCUACUAUGUGGCUUUUGUUUUAAUUGUCAAUAAUGAUAAUGAGUUAUCCUGAGUAGCACAUUUGAAAUAUUUGUGUUUAAAUUGGAAUUAAGCUAUACAACAGAAAAGAAAACUGAUUCCCACCGUUGCCAGGUUGCUUCUUUUCUGUUGCAUUCCACUUGGGCCUUCAUAUGUGAAAAUUUUUUUUUUAGUUACCAAAAAUGUACAUUUAUGUGGCUUACUGUCCCUUAGAAUUUGUGAGAUGUUUCUAAUGUGACUAAAAUCAAAAUUGUAAUACGGGGAAUUCAGAGUAUCUACCUAGAUAACUUUUAGGUAAAAAGAAUGGGACAGGUCUCUUAGCUUUUAUAAUUUCAUUUCUUCUAUAACUGUAGGGAGUUAUGAUUUUUUUUUUUUUUUUAAUCCAGAUAUUUUCUUCCAAUCAGGAAUAUCAUUGUAAUUUCUACAGGUCUGCUCCAAGACCCCUGUCGUCAAUAAGUGUUUUCCCCUCAACUUACAUGAGUUUUGGAUCAAACUAAAAGUAAUUCGGGAAUAAUUUAAGUUUUAAAAAAUAAAACUAGCCCAGCCAAGUGUUUUAUAUCUCUUUAAGUAGAGUUUUAUGACACUUUUUUCGUUUCUUUCUUUUUUUAGCUUAGAGAUCUGUAUAUUUGCUGAGUGACUGUUUGAAAGGCUAUGCAGGAGAUGGUUUUUAAGUACCCAAGAGUAAUUCCUUAUAGAUAUAUAAUUUUGAUAUUAACUUAAAUGAAUGACGUGUAUAUUUUUUAUCUUCACUUUUAAAUUUACCUAUAGUUUUAACAGUGUAAUUGAGUUGUUUUAUGUUGAAAUUUAAUGAACUUGUUCUCUCUUUACAAGUUAAGAUCUUUCAGGGAAGAUUACUGUUUUACAAAAAAAAAAAAAUCUUUUUUUAGUGUCCAUAGAUUAAAUAGAUAAACAUUUAGACUGGUAAUGAACAGAGUAUUUAGAGCAUGACAACUCCCACAAAUCUUUCCCUGCAUGCAAAAGCUGCUUCCAGCUGUGACUGGGUUUGUUUUAUGUAUAAGUUGGUCAUUUACUCAGUGUAAGCAUGCCCUAAAACAUUUUAAAAAUAUAUAUGGAGCAAUUAGACUUUUAAAAACAAAUUGUCUAAAGAGUUGAGCUGAAUUUGUUCAUAUCUCACACCUCUACAGACUAAUGUGUACCAUUAUAUAUCUCUUGUAACUGGUUAACAGCUCUGUUAGGAUUGUAGUCAGUGAAAUUUCUAAUUUCUGUGGUUUACCUAGGUUAUAGGAACCCUGAAAAAUAUAACAACGUUUGAAAUUGGGGAGAGAUUUUUUCUUUUUUAAGUGAAACCAACUGUAAGUUUUACUGUUUAUAGAAAACAAUCUGUAGUUUAUAGUUAUUAACAGCAACAACAAAAUAAAGGGUUUUUUUGUUUCUAAAAACCUUCCCCCACCCCAACACAUUACUUAUUGGGUUUUUGUUUGUUUUUUUUUUUAUCUUGUAAAGUACUGUGAAUGUUAACAAAUAAUCAGAAAGGAAUAGUGGUGGAAGAUGUAGAACAUAUUUUGAUGUGCAUGAAGAUGAGGCUUUAAGAUUGUGCCCUCUUUAGGGCAUAUUAAUUUAAAGGCAGCCAGAUGAUUGCUGAGAGAGUAUUUCAGAUUAAAGAUGAGUUUAACUGUGUUUCCACAUGUGAACUGCAUAGUAAUGUGAAUAUUUCUGCAAGGAAUACAGUUGUAAAUAGUUUUGUAAAUGAUAAAUUAGGAAACAAUUUUACUUUGGUUAUUUUUCCUGUCUGCUUUCAAAACGUUGAGCCAGAUAUUCAGCUGGUGUAUAUCAGUAUAGCUCCUGUAAAAUCAACACCAGUGAUAGUUUACACAAGAUGAGAAUCUGGCCCACAAACUCUUCUUCUGGUUCAAGCUUUAUAGUCCUGUUUAAAUAAAUGAAAUCUUCCAUGGCAUUUGUUUUGCUAUAAAUAUGUGUCAGAUGAAGAAAAGUGUUUUUUCUACUCUGAGAUCCUUCCUUAUUUUCCAGGUUUUACAGUUGAACAUAAGUGUCUAUUUUGCUGCACUGUACUAGAAAUUAAAAAGCUAUAGUAUGCUGUAGAAAAAUCAACCUUUUAUGUUGACACGAGUAUUGAGUCUAUAUUUAAAAUACGGGUGACAGCAGUUGCCCAUCUUCUUUGCAGAAUGAAGGUUUGGCUUUCUGUUACAUAAUUCAGUUUGAAAAGAUUUCUGAAAAACUGCAAGUAUUUCUGUUAUAUGGUGGUGUUCAUGCAGUUACUGUUGAGGUUGUCAUGGUUUCCAAUAUAAGCUCCUAUUUUCAGAAAGUUUUGACUUGAUGUUAAGAAUGUCAGGGAAUUAAGUCUCCGUGCAGUUGAAAUUCUAGCAUAGUUAGAGUUCAGGACUUCAUCCCUUCAUCCUUUCUAAUAAAAUGGUCAAUGCAUUUUAUUAAAAAAGAUUAUAAGGAUUAUAAGAGCCCACCUCCUCUGUUCUCUACCCGAACAUUUUGAUUUUUGAAGAAUAUUUGUGUUCGUAUACCUCAGACCCUUACUUUAAAUGUAGCAUGCUUGGCAGCAUACAGGAAGUUUUUUUAUGCGUCAAACAGCACGAUGGAAUAAAGAUUGCCUCUAACUAUCAUGCACUUUUUCCUUUAAAUGGAGAAAAGAACAUUGCAGUUUCCUAAAGCUGUUGCUUGUAAUCUUGGAGGGUCCUGUGAAAAGUAAAAAUGUUGUGUCAGAGCUUCAGAAGCUGUAAGUUAGUGCAACUCCUCUGAAGUUGAUACCAACUUAAAUCUAACUGUGAAACACUGGCCUGUUUAAAUUGCUGAUAUGCUUUUUGUAAAAUAUUGCAGUGGACAUCUAGAAUACUGCAGGCAUGCUGCAUGCAAGUAACAAGACUACUUAGGUGAUUGCAGAUGCAGGGUUUAGAAGUCACUGUUUAUGUGCACUUGAAAUUCAUUUGCUUGAUAUUAUUGUACAGCAAGUGUAAAUGAAACAAAUCUUUGUAUAACUUCACUUGAUGCUAAGGAUGUGUGUCAAACUGGCAGACCUGGAAAUUCCAAGUUACAGGACCUGAUUCUGGAUUUGGUCUGUUUGUACAAGACCCUCAAAUUCUCAAGGGGAGUUGGAGGACAAUUUGAGUGUGAGCUUAGACUGUGCUGCAUGGUUUUUACUGGUUUUUGGGUCACUUCUUAGCUUUGUGGGAGGUAAGUAGAGAAGUGAAUGUGACCUUUUACCAGUGCAUUAGACGAGCAUUUUAUUUAAAUAGAGCUGAUUUUGUUUCUCACAUUAAUAUGAAAAAUAGUGUAGUCUGCAACUAAAGAUUUUUUUUUUAAGGGUAAAACUUAAAUGUAUAUAUAUUCCAAAUAGUACAUGGCAUAACAAAAUCAAUGUAACCUUGCAACAUAUUGCCCUGAAGUCUAUAGGUAUGAAAUGUCUCAUGACAAUUCUCAUCUUUGUGAUAAAGAGAAAAUAUUUUUAAACAAGGUAGCUGAAUGCUAUCUAGCUACUAUAAUAUAGCUGUAUACACUUUUACACUGGGUCAAAACUUAUGAAAAUAACUGGGAGCAGUUUUCCAAAUAUUUACUUAGCAUUAAUUUUAGUACAUGGGUUACAAAUAAAAUCAUUAUUAAACCCCAUUUUUAUGCUUUUGCUCAAAGGUUUAAAGCCAAGAAACUAAAGCCUGAUGCAUGGCAUUGGCAGAUAUGGACAUGCAGGCAGCUUACAGACAUUAAAAAAAAAAAAAAAAAAAAAAAGCCCCCCGGUCCCAGCCCCCUGUGUUUUAGUUUAAGCUCGGUGCACUCCCACACCAAGCCCAGCACAUGCCCAGAAGAGGCAUUGCAUUAGUUGGACCUAGCUCACCCAAUGCCUGUAUAGAUCAUGCAUUUUAGGUGGGGUUGGCACUUUUAUCUAAUAGCUGAUUGAAUUAGAUAAAAGCACCCCACUAAAGAGAUUGAGUCAUCUAUUAUAUAAAAGUGCCGAAAAGCUCCGUUGAGUAUACAGACGCUGUGGAGCUAAGUCAAACUAACAUGUUGCUGUUUCUGGUAAAGCGUGUUUUCUUUUAACAUCUGUAAGCAGCCACAGAUGCUAUGCUCCUUCCUGCUUUUUUUUUGUUUAAAGAAUGAAAUUCCUGUGCAUUUUUAACACAGUCCCCCUGUGAGUCUUGUAGAGCUGAGCUGUGUGAACACUGGCACUCUAAACAUGGGUAAGAGUUUGAAGUUGGAAAGUCUUUAUGUAGGUAAAGAUUUGCCUUCACAGUUCUACUUGCAUGAUCUAAAGCCUAAUUAUUUACUAAACAGACCGCAGGAUCUCCAAAUGAGGCACUGUGAUAUAUAUAUGCAGCAUUUAAGAAAUGAUUGAGGUGAACUGAGAUUGCUACUCAAGAUUUCAUGUUAUGAAUUCGGUUCUGGUUCUUGUCUGUUUUUGCUAAUGAAAGGAAAAGGAGAAACUCCUGCAUCCAGUUGUUCCAUGUUUCUUGCUUGUUGUACCAGCAAACAUUCCUAAAUGUAACCUUAUAAGAGCAGAAUGCCUUCAAAAGCAUUAUUUCAGUAUUUUUAUAUAUGCAUUUUAUUGAAAGGCAUCAUCAACUUGAAAACUAACUAUUUAAAAAAAAAAAAAUCAGGUACUGCACCUAGAAAAAGUCCCUCUGACUUGCUUGUAAAUUCAGUUUUAUAUGGUCUUCUAGUUUAAAAGAAAUGGCGGGGGUGGGGGGAGAAAAAAACCAAACCCUCUGUUGCUUUUGUGAAAGAUUUGCAGAGGGAAAAUUAACUGCUUAAUAUGUUCAUACAAGUGGAGGCAGUGAAACAGAUUAUACAAAGAGUGCUCAAAUGAGCAAAGAAACUGAAGAAAUGAAGGAAAAUAUUUUUCUCUCAUUUUUCAUUUAUAUAGCUCCUCAGAAAUAGUUGUAGUUAAAUUCAAGUAGAAGUGUUAUUUUUCAAGUUGAUGGUGCCCAUUUAACAUUGUUUUGGGUUGUUUUUUUUUAAGCUGCUGAAGUUACGAAUGGAGGUUCUGUUUUAUUUAGGAUUAUUUUUGGCAGUUUAUUGGAAAUUUUAAAUUUUACUUGUGAUUCAUAUUUUAGUAACGUAUAUUGUCUCUUCCUGUAUUACAAACUGAAGGUUGUCUUUUUUGACAUCCUAACUCCUUUAUGGGUAAAAUCUUGGCCCCAUUGAAAUCGGUGGAAAAACUCCCAUAGACUUUACUGGGGCCUGGAUUCCACCCUUAGUUUUAAUGAGAACAGUAUCAUUUACUCAUUUCUCAGUCAAGGACAAUUCCCUCUGACUUUAACAAAAUCUCUCUCUGAUUAAGAUCCGUAGGUCAGAUCCAAGUUCUUGAUUUAGAUUCAGCAUAACCAGGGUCUUCAAUGUGACAACUCUGGUUGUGAGAGCAUUCAAACUGAAGUGCUGCAUGUGGUGUACUGUAUAAACUUAACAGUCAGGCUAAUUGAUAGAGAUGGAUGCUACCUUGCAAAAAAAAAAAAAAUUGUCAGAACCCUUUUGUUUCAUUCAAAUGCUGUGAAUCCUGUGCAGCACUGGCUCACUGGAAUGAAGGCAGGUGGGAAAAUAGUCUCUCCAACUAAAGAGCCUCUAAAGGUCAUGGUGAAGUUUUACAGAUGAAUUUGCUAGGGGUUAGUUCAUCCUCCAAAGGCUUUGCCAUCAUUGCUGUACCGACCGGCAGAGCCCUGUAAUGACAGUGCAUCUAUGGAGUUUAUGCUGGCACUGAGUACAGCGUGAUUGGUGGCAGACUCCUAACCUGACUUAGCUGUGCCAGCAAACCUCUGUAAGGUAGACCAACCCUCAUGUCUGACGGUUCAUUUUUUGAGUGAUAGGUUUGGAGUCAAUAUUAUUGAAAAUGUCACAUAGCAUGAGGCGAUUAAGCCUGGAGUAGAAGAAUAUGCUGUGCUUCCUAGCAUCCCCAAUAUAUUCCAUCUGCCUUUACUUACAGGACAAUUGUGACAUGACCUUGUUGCACUUCUGUUAUUAAAAAAACAAAAAAUAAAAACAAGGUAUUUUCCAUCUAGAUAUCAAAUAGCCUGGAAGAGAGAACAUUUAUGGCUUUGUGUUUCUGAAAUAACUUUAGGCAUGGUAUCUUCAAAUGAUCAUGAAUCUAGUCUCAGAACAAAUACUAAUUUCUUCUUGUUAUGAUUUAUUCCUGUUGUAUAAGCCUAAUUAACUAUUUUAAAAUGAAGGAAAAAUAUGGAGAACGCUAAUGUUAAUAGCAAUUAUUUUUUUGUUCAUAAUAAUUUUUAGGAAGAUUGUUACACUAUUAUUGUUUUAUUGUAUUUACAGUAUGUAUCUUUUUUGCCUCACCCUGUAAAUUUUGAAAUGUAACUACUGUAACCUAGAAUAAAUAAAUAUACAGAGUGAUGAAA